AUGCGGAGCCAUACCCUCGUUGCGCUGGCCUCGGCCGUCCUUGCCGGGUCGGCUAAAGCCCAGAUCGCGGACGGAUCGACGGCCCAGGCGCCUGAAAACUGCAGAUGCGUCCCCGGACAACCGUGUUGGCCAUCGAACGAGGCAUGGGCCGCCUUUAACACCACGGUUGGCGGCAAUCUCAUCAAGUCUGUUCCUCUCGCACAAUCUUGUUACGGCGACUCCCGCGAUGUCGGGCAAUGCGAGAAGGCCGAAGAAAUGUGGACAAAUGACGCCUUUCAGACAGCACAGCCCCUAGGUAGAUACUAUCCGUUAAACAUGACUUGCCCGCCUCGUAAUGCAAACCAGACUGCCGGGACCUGCACGCUGGGGAAGCUCCCCCAAUACGCCGUCGACGCAACAGACCGCCAGUAUAUCAAUGCGACUCUUAAAUUUUCCCAAGACAAUAACCUUCGGCUCACCGUCGCAAACACGGGGCACGAUCUAAUCGGGCGCUCCGACGGCUUUGGAAGCCUGGCUAUCUGGGUGCGCAACCUCCGCAACGAUAUCAUAUUUCAGCCCAACUUCACGUCAGCUACCCAGUGCAGCAGGUCAAACUGGACUCAUAACGCCUUCCACAUUAACGGAAUGUACCAGUGGGGUGAUGUCAACAAAAAGGCAAAGGAGCUAAACGUCGUCGUCGUAAGCGGUGGCCACGCGACCGUCGGUGCCAACGGAGGCUGGCUGUUUGGCGGCGGUCAUGGACCGGCGACGCGGACCUACGGGCUCGGCGCCGACCAACUGCUCGAGGCCGAGGUCAUGCUCGCCGACGGCAGCGUCGUCAUCGCUAACCACUGCGAGAACGCUGAUCUCUUUAAGUCCCUGCGCGGCGGUGGUCCUGGCUACGGCAUUGUCCUUAGCACCAAAGUUAAGGCUUAUCCCAACGACAAGAAGCUAAGGGCUCAUAAGCUUAUAAUGAUGCCGAAGGGGGCGCCUGCAAACGGCACGCAUAUCCUAGACUUUGCGUCUGGCAUGUUGCAGGCUCUGCCUUCCCUCAAUGAGGCUGGAUAUGCCGGUUAUGUGGUUUGGAACCGCGGCUUUUACUACCACAAUCUAUACAUGAUGGGCGAAGGGCUAGAAAGGGCAAACCAAACAUACGGGCCCGUGCGCGAGAAGCUGGCUUCAUUUCAGGGCCAACUUAACGUUAUUAACGACAACUUCAUAACUUACGGCGACUAUUGGUCCUUUUACGAGGCCGAGCUAGGGAAAGGUCUCUUCCCCGGCCAGACGUUGCUGAUGACGUCUCGCAUGCUGGACAACCAGUCGGUCGCGGACCCCGUUCGCGUCCGCAACACGGUCGAGACUGUGAGCGGCCCACUUGGAGAGGAUAACCUUAACCUCAUCCUGCUUCUCUCGGGCGGCAAGGUCUUUGAAGACGCCGCCGACCAGUCAUCGGGCCUGCACCCUGCCUGGCGUACAUGUCCCAUGGUGCACAUCGCCAUGCGAAACAUCAAUCACACUCAGACACUCACAGCGGCCGAGCGCAAGGCCAUCGCCGACGACAUUACCUUUACCAAGGGCAAGGCCCUCAAGCAGCUCGCCCCUAGCACGGGAGGAUACAUGAACGAGGGCGAUGGUGGCGACCCCGAGUACAUGACUACCUUUUACGGUGAGGCCAACUACCAGAUUCACCUGGCUGCCAAGAAAAAGUAUGACCCCAAUCAUGUGUUCUACUGUCCGACGUGCGUCGGCGCCGAGCAGUUCGUCGAACAGCCGGAUGGGGCGCUCUGCAGGGCGCCGUCGACAGGGCCGUGA